UGCACCGACGGCCGCUCCGCCCGGGCUCGCGCCCCGGGUUUUGCGGCGGCCGCCGCGCCCUCCUACUCAUCGGGGCAUGUCGCUCGCCCAGAUGGCCGGGUGUGGGUCGCGCGCUUCAGCGCCAUCCAUUUUCGGGGCUAGUUGAUUCGGCAGGUGAGUUGUUACACACUCCUUAGCGGAUUUCGACUUCCAUGACCACCGUCCAGCUGUCUUAAUCGACCAACACCCUUUGUGGGUUCUAGGUUAGCGCGCAGUUUGGCACCGUAACCCGGCUUCCGGUUCAUCCCGCAUCGCCAGUUCUGCUUACCAAAAAUGGCCCACUUGGAGCUCCCGAUUCCGUGGCACGGCUCACCGAAGCAGCCGCGCCGUCCUACCUAUUUAAAGUUUGAGAAUAGGUCGAGGGCGUUGCGCCCCCGAUGCCUCUAAUCAUUGGCUUUACCCGAUAGAACUCGUGUGGGCUCCAGCUAUCCUGAGGGAAACUUUGGAGGGAACCAGCUACUAGAUGGUUCGAUUAGUCUUUCGCCCCUAUACCCAAGUCAGACGAACGAUUUGCACGUCAGUAUCGCUUCGAGCCUCCACCAGAGUUUCCUCUGGCUUCGCCCCGCUCAGGCAUAGUUCACCAUCUUUCGGGUCCCGACAGGCGUGCUCCAACUCGAACCCUUCACAGAAGAUCAGGGUCGGCCAGCGGUGCGGCCCGUGUGGGCCUCCCGCUCGUCAGCUUCCUUGCGCAUCUCAGGUUUCUGAACCCGUCGACUCGCACGCAUGUCAGACUCCUUGGUCCGUGUUUCAAGACGGGUCGGAUGGGGAGCUCGCAGGCCGUUGCGGCGCAGCGCCCCGAGGGGCGCGCCAGAGGCGCGCGGAUACCGUCCGCGCCGACGACGGCUGCCGGGGGCGCCUAGGGCCCCCGGGCUUUGGCCGCCGGCGCGGGCGACAACGGUCCACGCCCCGAGCCGAUCGGCGGACCAGCAGGAGCCGUUCCGCAUACGGCCGGGGCGCAUCGCCAGCCCCCAUCCGCUUCCCUCCCGGCAAUUUCAAGCACUCUUUGACUCUCUUUUCAAAGUCCUUUUCAUCUUUCCCUCGCGGUACUUGUUCGCUAUCGGUCUCUCGCCUGUAUUUAGCCUUGGACGGAGUUUACUGCCCGAUUUGGGCUGCAUUCCCAAACAACCCGAAUCGUUGAUGGCGCCUCGUGGUGCGACAGGGUCCGGGCCGGACGGGGCUCUCACCCUCCCAGGCGUCCCUUUCAAGAGAACUUGGGCCCGGUCCGUCGCUGAGGACGCCUCUCCAGACUACAAUUCGGGCGGCGAGGCCGCCCGAUUCUCAAGCUGGGCUGCUCCCGGUUCGCUCGCCGUUACUAGGGGAAUCCUCGUAAGUUUCUUCUCCUCCGCUUAUUUAUAUGCUUAAACUCAGCGGGUAGUCCCG